CGCAUUUCGCCCCAGGCUCGUAUCAAGCUAUAAUUUAACUCCAGCGAUCUUUUGAAAAGGGUAAAACUUCUUCCAAGUGGGAACUAAAAAACGUUUUGAAACUUGAACGGCGUGUAAUUAAACUAUCGUGUAGCAAAUACAAGGCUACCGCCGUGAGUAUCUUAUUGUGUUUAGCUUCCUUCUUUCUCUUUUGUCCGGAAUCUUGGUCAACGCUAGGGGGAUGAUGUCGCCUCUGAGGACCUUCCUCCCCCUCCACAGACCCGACGACACUCAAGGCGCCUACAGUGAACUCUCCUGGAAUUUCGCGCAACCCCUAUCGUCAGUUGGGGCGUGUUGAGGUGGAUGGCUGGACCUGGUCGACCGUUUGUCAACGCGUUGCUGCAAGGAGUUUGAGACAUGGUGAAUUAUUUACGUUUCAUUUGCGAUGUUAUUGUCGGAUGCAGAAAUAUGGGAUUGAAGGGCAAUGCAAAUCACAGAACGCCCGACCAAUUUUUCAAGAAAAUGGUUUCGUGCGUCGCGGGACUUAGCGCGUUUUAAAAUUCUGCACAAGAAGGGGACAAGAUUAACCGACUUGCGAAAGCGAAAUUUGUUCUUCGAAUUGAUCCGGAGUUCGGGUACCUUCUACUCUCAACCUGACUGAACCGGGGGGUGGAUUUUCCCAGCUAUUUACUAUCCCCGUGGAUGAUUCAACGGAUGGAAAAAGCUCCCCAACAUUCGGAGAGCUUGGCGAAAAUCUCGCGACUCCCUCGCCCACCCCCCUUCCGUGCGUGUAUGUGAGUGAAAUCAUGCUGGUGAAACAUCAAUGUGAAAGCCGAAGGACACAGGGUGUGCUCUGAAACAAGCUGCCAGUGCUAUAAAUUCCUUAGAAGAAAGAAAGAUCUCAUUGUCAACCCAACAGUACAACAGAGAUAGAAGAUUGCUGACAGUCCUGCCAGCUAAUCUCGAUGAUCUACCAGAUCCACUUUCAACCCUCUUCCUGUGCUUGGAACAGACACUGACGAUAUGGACACAGUAUGGCCUCAGCACUCCGGCAUGCCUCUGGGAGUAGUUUGGUUGUAUCUGCCUUCCUUCUGCUACUCCUUCCACGUACCACUACAGCUCGUGAGGUAAUCGAUGUUGUACCACUACGCCAACUGGACUACAUUCCUUCAUUGCCGCCGCCACUGGGACCAUUCACUACUACCAAGACACCAAAUAAUUUUGUGCCCAGAGUGCGACCAAUCGUUCGCAAGCUUCCCAGAUGGUCCACAAAAUGGAACCUUCAGUGCUCCAACUUUGAUCAACCCUGAAGGUGAAUCUAGACAGUGUGUUUAUACAUUUCUGGCUGGCUCUGGGCAACGAGUUGAAAUUGUGUUUACUUCUUUCGGCCUUCGUGGUAUGCCUCCCGAUGGCGCAGCAGUUGGCGAGUUACCUGGUUGCGUUCAUGAGUACAUGGACAUUUACACAGAAGUACAGUCUGGAAAUCAUAGCAAGCUGAUAGAAUCACCAUUUGGCGGAAGAUACUGUGGACCUAUCCCUCCACGAAAGCGAGUUUCUUUGUAUCAGGGCAUUGCACUCAGUUUCUAUACUGACAAAAACGUUACUCUGCCUAAUCUAUUUACUGGCUACUACACUUUUAUCAAUGAGUCCGAUUAUGAAGUGGGAACUCCAGCGCCAAGUACACCAUGCACGUUUACAGUAGAUGCAGCUAUUAAAUUUACAGGAAAUAUAUUGUCACCAACUUAUCCGGGUGCUUAUCCCAAAGAUCUAGUCUGCAGCUAUCAAUUUAUCGGGAAGCCCAGUCAACGGGUUCGUUUAGAAUUCCGUGACUUUGAUUUAUUCUUUGGUGGGCCUCAUUGUCCAUUCGAUUACGUGAAAGUAUAUGAUGGCAUUGACAACACUUCGGCAGUUAUUGGUACAUACUGUGGGCAACAACGAAACUUGGUGCUUUACUCCUCCGAAUCUAGCCUGUUUGUGUUAUUUGUUACACUCCAGCGAACAGCCAAUACGCAAAAUCGCGGGUUCAAGGGUAUUUUUGAAUUUUCCGAAAGCUUUGUUAAAUUAGAUUUCAUUAAGGAUGAUGGCGAACACAUUCGUGGUUCAGAAUGCGAUCAGAAGAUAUUAAGUAAAAAGGAAUCCUUUGGCUUUGUGUUUAGCCCAAAUUAUCCUUUUCCAUACAUACCCAAAAUAGUUUGCCGAUAUUUUAUCUAUGGAAUGCAAGAUUCACAACAUCUAGAACGUGUGCGACUAGAGUUUUACAAGUUUGAUAUACCCAAAGGGCAAGCAAAAGGAGACUCGGUCUGUACCGAUGGAUAUUUGAAAGUAUAUCUAAAAGGGCAGGAGGCAACAGAUUCAUAUGAUAAAUUUGAUCACGAAUUGUGCGGUGGAGAACACAAACCAAGCAAUGUCGUCAGUGACGGUCCACGGCUGGUCAUGGUUUUCAGCAGUGGAGAACUUCAGGGCAACGGAUUCAAAGCUCAGUAUCGAUUUGAAACAGAGUAUCGGAUACCUGGAACGGCAGCACCCGAUGGAACUUGUUUAUUUACGUAUCGCAGUUCAUCCCGUAAAAGAGGAGAAUUCAAUUCCCCACGUUACCCUAGCAAUUACCCCAGUGAUACCAACUGCACUUAUUUAUUUUUAGCCACACCGAACGAACAGGUUACGCUAGUAUUUGAUCAUUUCAAGGUCAGAGCUGACAAUGCCAAUUCAUCGGUAGGAUAUUAUGGAAUUCAUAUUUGCCAAGAAGAUUGGUUAGAGAUAUACAAUAUGUAUCGGGACAACACAGAGAAGUUGAUUGGUCGCUAUUGCGGUAUGACAGCUCCGGGACCUGUAGAGUCAAAUCUUGGGGCUCUUGGACUGAAAGUUAUCUUGCAUUCUGAUGCUGAGCUUGUGUACAGUGGAUUCAAGGCUCGCUACACGUUUGAUGUUGCUAAAUCUAUAUUUGGUGAUUGUGGUUCAAAUAUCAGCAGUUUGGAUUAUGGGAUGAUCACUAGUCCCAAUUUUCCAAACAAGUAUGAUGGGCCAGCACGCAACUUGGCCAGUAAAACUUGUAAUUGGUUUAUAAACGUUAGACCAAAUUAUCGAGUACUUCUGAAUUUCGAAUUAUUUUCUGUUGAAGGCGAGCAGUCAGCACGAGGUUGCCCCGCAGCAGUACUGCGCAUGUGGCACAUGGUGUCGGCUCCACCACUUGAACUCUGUGGCGUUAAAAGCGCUGAUGCUAAAUGGAGUUAUGUAUCUGAAGAUAACAACAUGCGCCUAAGUUUUAUAUCUGCGGACAAAGCUGUGGGUCAACAGGGCUUCCGAGCGGUAUGGACGGAAGUGGCUACCGACGGCGAUUGUUCUGGACAAUUUCUUUGUAUCGUGAGCAAAUAUUGUAUUACCAAGGGUCUUCACUGUAAUGGAAUUAACAAUUGUGGGCCUGAUGACGCGUCUGAUGAAGAAAACUGUACGGUAGUAAUACCUCCUGACAGUUAUGCUGUACCAGCCGGCUGUGCUGCUGGUGCCAUUCUGAUAGCAACUUUAUUUUGUCUACUAUGCCACCGAAAGUUGAAGAAACGUCCUCAAGAGGUUCAUAUCGACGACUUGCAGCAAAGAGUUGAAGAUCAACGUCACUGUCACCGUCAUGAUAGACUUCUUCAUCACCAUCAUCAUCAUCAUCAUCGUCAUCAUCAGAGCCAUAGUCAUAGUCACAGCCAUAAUUUUAAUCAGCACCACUUUCAGCAAGCGAGUCCUUCUAGUGGGAGUGAAGCGGAGCACAUUUGUGGCGAUGAGGCAAGCAGCCCAGACAAUGUGUGACCGUGGGUGCUGGCAGCGUGGCUGAGGUCGUCGCGCCUACCACGACCCCCCACGUUGCGCUCUGGACUCUUCUUGAUAUGUAACUUGUUGUUGUUGUUGUUACUGUUGCCUGAUGAAGGUAGCCUGAUCAGCGCCAUCAACAGAAAUCACCGUGCUCAUCAAAUACUUCAGAAAUUGACUAAUAAGCAAACACACUAGCCAUGCAUCAAGUAUAGUUAUUACAAACCGUACUGUGCAGUAUAAUGUUAUGCAUAUGAAAUAAGGUAGAUAUAUACAUACAUCUGAUUUUUAGCUGAUACAGAUGAGUGACUUCGAUUUAACAUUCUUAUCCAUUAUUGCAGAACUAAAUAUCUCUUUUGGAUGUGUAUGCAUGUCCGGAGUUUUCAAAUUGUUUCUAGCCAUCAAAUGAGAAAGAAAAAGAAACAUCCGUCUAUUCUUUUUUUCGUUGUUAUUAAUCUUGUAAGAUUAAUUCUUCGUUUAUCGUUGAACUAUAAUUACUAUAAUGCCACACAUCCUGCAAUUCUUUAAGUAGCGUCAGAGUAAAACUAACUAUUUAUAAGCAUAUGUGCUGGUUCAAAUAUAACGGUGUAGAAGCCAAAGGUCUACAAAAGCAUAAAUACCGUCACUCACUAAUUUAAUUGUACGAGCGUCAGUUAUACAUACGUCAUACUGAGACAAAACCACCAAUAUUUGUCUCUGUCCGGAUGUAAUAAUUUUCUAAUUUCGAUUAAAAUGAUAUUCGAAAACAAAAUAAUCAGUCCGAGUCAUGAAUGUACAAAUAUUUCGCUUGUUAAUAUAUUUUUGUGUGUGUGUUUAAUCGAUAGAGAUCAUUACGUAUUCACAAUACAAUAAGCCAUUUUGUUACUUUUACACACGAAAUGCAUUUCUUUGUAUACUGUAAACUGUAUACUAUUUAAAUACAUUAAGAUUGGAUGUAAGACUCCAGCUUUUAACGUGUUUUCCAAUCGAUUCGCUUAUUCUAUUGAUAAUAAUAGUAGAAAUUUUCGUUGGCAACGGACAUUAACCAUUCAUAUUACGAAAUUGCUAUUAUAUAAAAUUCUGGUAAUACGAUCUACGAAAGUUUGAUCAUUGUGAGUGUCUAUAAUUCAUCCAAGUAUCAGAAUAUUUCUUUCUCAAAAGACUGUAUUAUUUGUGUUACCUUUGAAGGAUUCUAGUUGCCUGCUUGUGAAUACAUGGAAACAGUUUCAUGCAUAAAAAACGAUAAUUACCAAUUCUUUAAAGUUUAAAGUUAGGAUGUUUAGAAUUUUAUAGUUAUUACACGUAAAUAUAUAUUUCACGAUAAAUGCUGCCAUCGGAGCUAUACCAAAGAAUAUUCUAAACUAUGAUAAUUAAAUCACACAAUACACGUGUAUAUACACUGGACAUAAAAAUGAAAUAUGUGUAAAGUAAACGUGAGUCGAAAUUCGGAACAAAGCAAUCUUAUAACGUGCAGGUUAAUAACAGAAUUCUUAUUUUGAGUUCAACAAGUUAUGAGUUCUAGAUCACGCGAUCCAUCACAUGAGAAAACCAAAAAUACAAUAACAUAAUUUCGUUAAGUUCAGUUUUGACAUUGAAUAGUGUAUGAGAAUUGAAAACAACAGCAGCUGUUCCCAAAUCACAUUCAUAUACAAUGCUUUUCUUGCUCAAAAUGUAAUAUAAGCAAAUGAGACGAGGAAGCACAUCAAUUGAAAGGUAUAAUUAUUACACGUCACAUGGAAUAAAUUAUUUUAGAAAUAAUCUUGCACGAUGCCAAUCUAAAAUCUGUACCAGCUAAAUACACGUAUACUUUGAAACAUAGGAAUUCAAAUGCAACAUCCGUGUUAGUACUGCCUAAAUAAUACCGCACAAAUCAACUUGAAUAAUAACUGAUUACAACAAUAGAGUAAAAUAUUUUCCUCGGGUUCUCAUGAAUGCAAAAUGCAGCAAGAUAACAUAAGGGGAUUAUACUGAGCUUGUAUUUAGCACAUCUACAAAUGACAGUAAGUGUAGAAAAACUACAUUUUUCAAAUUAUCUGGUCAUUUCGAUUUUGAUGUGGUAAUUAGCUCAUUAUUUCUUUAUUUUCUUCUAAUUGCAAUAGUGUCGAUUAUUUAUUCUACAACGUUAAAGACUAUUCAUAGUUUUUAAUUAUGAAAAUGCAAAUACGAUAUUGAUGUUAGGGAGAUUUGAAAGAAAAAAUUACGCAUAAAGAACAACAGCAUAUGAUUGCUCAAAAAAUAUGAACCAAUCAUCAAAUUGAAAAACUUUCUGAUAGAGUUUGGUAUAAUAAAUGCCUGUAAUUCUUGCAUUACAGAUUCACUGCUUUAGCGAGAAGAAAAAUAAUUGGUUCACAAAUAUUUUUAUAACGUCGAUCCCGAAAUUAAUAUUGAUCAAAAUAUCGUUCAAAAACGACUCAGGCGAAUAUUGGCAUUGACUGCAGUUAAUGGUAUGUGGAACUUACUAUUAAAUAUUCACUGUUCGGCAAAAGAAUUUAUACAAAGGUGAACAUCAAACAGACCUCAAGAUAAAAGGUAUAACAAUGUAACUGGAACAAGCACUUUGUCGAAGAAACUCUGCCUAAGCACUUUUUGACCAUGAGCAAAGGCUUAAUAUAUUCUAGGUUUGAUCCUUCGCUAUAACAACACAUGUAACAAUCAGGCAUCUGUAGUACACACUACAAUUGUUGUUACAUAUAUCAAUCCAACAUAAGUAACAUAAUGAAACUGUGCCCAUCAAUCGACUGUUCACAUUUAAUUUGGAACAGUACACAGUGCAUUGAGAGGCAAACAAUGUUGAUGGAAUUAUUUUCAAAGAACUAUGGCCACUAACGCGAGUGCAUUUUUUAACAAAUGGUGCAUUUGAAUUUGACCCCUGUCAACUACUCUUCUCAAGUGCAAGUCUACAGAAACGAAAUAAGUGAAUGUCACUUCGAGAAAACUCUCUCGAACCAGAUCAGUUCUUCGAAGAUAUUCUGGUUCAACCUUCAUUUAUGAUUUAUUAAUAUAAUGGAGCGCAGUUCACAAAUGAGUUGCAAAAAUAAAACCCUAUUAUAUAAAAACAUAAACACAUAAAGAUAAUAUAACUAAUAUAAGUGAUAGCUAUAGCAUUUACAUUGUUAAUCCACGUAGAGGCCAUAAAACGCGAAUUGUCAUUGUGGUGUCUAUAAAUCGAGUUCUCAGUAAUGAGAAUAAUACAUUUUUUUAAUCAAA